AAAAUAUGGACGGAAAAAAUGGCAGUGCACGUGAGCCUUUUGUUUUUGGUAAUUUAUUACGGCGCAGUUUAGAAAAUCACAAAGUCGAUAACCCGAGAUUUUCAACCUUAGCACAGCAAGGCGACGAUGAGCUUGUAGAAAAGUUUCUCUCAGAGAAUGUCCACAUUACUGGUGCAGCAGCAGAACAAAAGCAAAGUCAGUUAUAUAUUGCUUCGUUCUGGGGAUUCUAUGAUGUUGUUAAGAGUUUAGUGGAAGGCGGAGCGAACGUGAAUAUACAAAAUCCUGGUAGUAUGUGGACGCCAUUGCAUGCUGCAACUUUCCAAGAGCAUGGAAAGAUAGUUAUGUACCUACUAGAGAACGGAGCAGAUCCAAACGUUAAAGACUCUGAAGGAAGGUCUCCGGCCGAUUUUGGUUCUGCUUCCGAUAAAGUAUGGGCGCACUUCGCAGCCCAAGGAUGCACCCGUUCCUCUAAACAAUCGUUGGUGAAAAAUCGUAUAAUCAGACAGACAUCAACUUCUCGCGCAGACAAUGCUUCGAUGGUACGAAGACAGUCAUAUGAUCGUAAGAUGCAGAAUGUAAACGAGGCUAUAGUACCCUCUAGAAUUGAUGGUGAUGUGCUGGCCAAUGAUAAAUCACCCGAUACCGAGGACCGACCCCAUUCUGGUACACGUACUUACUCGGCAGUCAAAUCACCAUGGGAACGCUAACGUCAUUAUUGCAACCGGGUUGGAUGCACACUCAUCGCACAUUUUCGACAAGUUUAUUGUUUGGCCAUCGCCUUACUUCUGAUUUCGGUCAAACUUCACCAGCACAACAGCAUUAAUGUUUUGCGACGAUAGAAACAGGGUGUGUUAGCUAGCGUGGAGAUAUUUUUUCUCCAGUAGCAAAAAUUAACG